AUGGAGUGUAAUAUUCUACCAUUGGCAUAUGGUGUGAUAGAUUCAGAGAACGAUAAGUCUUGGACCUGGUUCUUUGAGCAGUUCAAACAAGCUUAUGGGAAUAGGGAUAACAUGUGUGUUGUAUCAGACAGACAUGAGAGCAUCAUUAAGGCGGUGUCUAGAGUAUAUCCAACUGUGCCACAUUUGGCGUGCAUACGGGAUUUAUGGAAAAAUGUGAUCACGAAAUACAAGUCGAAUGGUGAAGUAUUGAGUCCUGUAUUCUAUGCACUUGCAAAAGCAUACACACAGGCUAAGUUUGAUAAGCUGAUGGAGAAGAUUGAGAAGGUUGAUUUUCGAGUAAAAGAGUACUUGGAGGAUGCUGGAAGGGAAAAGUGGGCUCAACUGUAUUCACCCGUUAACAGAGGAUGGACAAUGACCUCAAAUAUAGUUGAAUGUAUUAAUGGAAAAUUGGUAGCAGCAAGAGAGUUGCCUGUUUUCGAUUUUCUUGAAGAAGUGAGGAAGAUGUUUGGGAGAUGGAAUUGCACUAAUAUGAGGAACGGUACAUACACAUUCACAACACUUGGAAAAACAUUCCAGCAAUUAUUAUCAAUAAACGAAUGUAAAUCUCUGCGUAUGACGGUUGAACCAUCAACUGAAUAUGUGUAUACCGUAAAUGAUGAGGCAAGGCGUUUCAUAAUUGAUCUUAAAAAGAAAACAUGCAGUUGUCGGAUGUUCCAAAUGGAUGAGAUACCAUGUCCACAUGCAUGGGCUGUAUUGAAGAGUAAAAGUCGUAUGCCUGAUGAAUAUUGCUCAGACCGAUUCAAACCAAAGACAGUGAUUAAGACGUAUGAUGUGCCUGUGGAUCCUCUGCCUGACGAGAGUGAGUGGAAUAUUCCCAAACACAUAUGCGAUGAAGUUGUUUUGCCACCAAGAUACAAGAGACCCCCGGGAAGGCCAAAGAAGAAGCGAGAUAAACCAUUAAUGGAGACGAUGAUUGGUAAACGUAAGAAUGCUUGUAGUACUUGUGGACGUCUUGGUCACAAUAGACGUUCUUGUUCUAAUGAGCCACGUAAGAAGUAG